AUUAGCCGUCGACAAUUAGAAACCUUAACUCCUCUUCUCUUCUCUUCAACAUCUUCUUCACUUCUUCUUCUCCCUCCCUUCUCGUCGAGAAACUCAUCCUCCAUGGCUGCCACCCACUUCCUCGUCGUCGUUGCUUGUCACAAACACCCAAAAGCUUUGAUUUUUGAUAACUAAAUUCCCUAAUCUAGGGUUUGAUCUAUCUUUAGAGAAACGGUUGUAACGGUGGCUUACAGAGUAGUUUGUUCUGGUGGUAAUGGUGGUUCACAGAGGUUGGAUGCGGAAAUUGAAGGCUGGAGACUGCGAAUGAGUAACAAUUCGAGCCAACGAAGGAUCCUUUUCGUGCUCAAAAGUCUGGAAUCACAGAAUGAUUCGGCAUUGGAGGGUAAAGUAAAUGAUUUCAAGAUUAGUGAACAUGAAGUGGGAAUGUACCAGAAUGAAGUGGGUAUAAGGAUAAGGAGAAGACCACCCACUGAUGAGAAGGGUGGAGCAGCAUGUCUUAAUGUUUUGACAGAUGACAAAUACUUCAAGGUCACAGAUAUUGGAUUAGCUAGUGCCGACCCUCUCCCAAUGAAAACGUAUACACAUGAGUGGAAAAUAGAGUUUUUUCUCUCAAGGAACGUUUUUUGUCGAGAACAAGUUUCUGGAAUUUCUCUCAAGGACAAAGAGCCGAUAUUCGGCUGGAACAGCACCGGUGGACGAAAUCUCCGCCGGGAAAUGCUUCUCGUCGGUGAUAAAACAAAG